GUGGAGGUGGGUUGGUUACUGAACUCGCUCUGUGCCGGCAGUGUCCAGAACACGUAACAGGAGGUAGCUGAGACAAAAGAAGAAUCUCGGGUACUUCAGUCGGAAAGGACAGCAAGCAUGAAGCACAGGCCAAGCGCACUGCUGGCGUUGGUGUGGGCGGGGAUGUGGGGUUUGGUCUUCGCCACGCCCGUCAAUAACGCCCACGGAAGAAACCCUGCCAGCCCCCCGGGAAGCAAGCUGCUCUACAUUAUGUUGGAUGGCUUCCGUUGGGACUACGUGGACCUGCAGAGCGCCGCCGUCCUCCCCGGCUUCACCAAGUUCCUGAAGGAGGGCGUGAGGGCGCGCUGGACCCACCCGCUGUUCCCGUCCCUCUCGUACCCGACCUGGACCUCGCUGGUGACGGGCCAGUACGCCGAGAACCACGGCGUCGUCGGGAACUACUUCUACGACAGCGCCACCAAGGAGGAGUUCUCGCUCUUCGAUGUCGACUCCACCGGCAAGCAGAAGUCAGCAACUACCCACAUACCAUAUAUAAUUCCAGUGUGUAACACUGAACACACGGACAACACAGGCCACAACUUUGGGCCCGAUUCCGAGGAGGUCCUUCAGGCCGUGCGAGAUCUCGACGAUGUCUUGAGAAUGCUGAUGGAGGAGCUUGAGAAGAGAGGAAUGACUGACCAUGACAUCGGCCCCUGGCUUAGAAGCGAGCUACGAGAAGGAUUGGACGAUGUGCUCGACCCAAGCUUCGUCGAGAACAUGCUGAUCAGAGGAGCAGAUGAGAGAAGUCGAGAAUUGAUACACGUAUCUGACGAGGAUAUAAGGUGUAGGGAUCACUCGGGUAUCACUCAGGCUAUGUCGGGUUUCAGGACAGCCAGUGGUAAUGGCACAGCAUGCAAAUUAGAAAUUCAUUACAUUGCUUAUUCUUUACAGGUGUAUGCUAGUCUGAUGAAGAUGACUGGAGUGAAUGUAUAUAAGCAUAAUGACAUUCCAGAGAAAUACCAUUUCAAGAACAAUAAAUAUGUCCAUGAGAUCGUGGUAUCAGCUGAAAAAGGAAACUUUGUGAUGGCAUCCCAUUCAGACAAGCAAUUACCUGCCCGUUCUGACUUUGUAUACUAUGGUGCUCACGGCUAUGACCCAGACGUACAGGACAUGAAGGGAAUCUUCUUUGCAAAGGGUCCAGCCUUCCAGAAAGGAAAAAUUAUUGAACCCAUUCACGUCGUUGAUGUGUAUCAGGUGCUGACCCAUGUGCUUGGCCUGACCCCACAACCCCACAAUGGCACUUGGAAUCAUGUUCAAGAUGCCUUUGUUCAGAGCACACCAGCAACACACGAUGGUCAUGUUCAUAUGAACAGUAGUAGUCAUGAUCAUGCUGCUACAGGUGUUCAUAAUCAUACUCAGAUGGGUGAUCAUGAUCAUACUCAGAUGGGUGCUCAUGAUCAUGGUAAUAUGGGUGCUCAUAAUCAUGAUGAUAUGAGUGCUCAUGAUCAUCCUCAUGUGGGUACUCAUGAUCAUGAUGAUUAUGAUUAUGACCAUGAUGAACACAUGGGAGAUCAUGGUCAAAUGAGUGACAGCGGACAUAUGGCUGAUCAUGACCACAUGAGUGAUGAUGAUCAUAAUAUGCAUAAACACGAUCACAGUCAGGAGCAUUCACGGUCCGGCAGUGCAGCACCCUCUUUGGUAAUGGCUACUCUAAGUGGUAUUUUGGCAGUGCUUCUGCUGUAAAUCAGAUUUUAAAUUCAAAUCUAGUGGGAGAGUUUGUGUAUUUUUUUAUUUUUUCUUUAGAUCCUAAUUUCAUAGUUUAUGACAUUGACAGAACAAUAGUGUAUUUGUAAAACAUGAUAACAACUAAGGAAAUUAUUUUCUUGACUUACAUAUUAACAGAUUAACUUCUGAUUGAUUUCAAUGUGUUAUUACAGAGGGUUUACAUUAUCUCAAAGAACAGGAAUUUUGAAAGCAUUCUUUAUAGGCUGGUUCACUUAAAGGACUGAUGUGGUGAUGUAUAUUAAAAGGAUAUGAAAUUUAUUUUCAUUUAGAUAUAUUUAAAUGGAAUAAAAACAUUGAAUCUA